AUGGCGAACCUUUUAGAGAAGAAAGACGGCUGCGUGAACCUUGUUGCCACUGUAAACUCUUUCGGUGGCCUUCUCUGUACUCUGCAGAGCAUACUUCUUUUCCUACCUUUAGCACCUUUAGUAAAUGUAAAACCUUUCUACCUAUCGUGCAUUUCUUGUCCAAUUCUUCGUUCAGGACGAGAAGAACCUGGGAAGGGUGCCCAGGAAGAACAGGCACGCCAGGCCGUGCUAACGCUGCCACAUGUAACUACUCACAGUGGGAGGGUGCUUCGCCGAGCAGGCGACAGGGGACACGUUUGGACUUGGGACAGGACUACAGUGCUUUCCCUAAGAAUCCCCGGCAAUGCGCGGGACAGGGCAAACCUGGGAAGCCAAAGCAGGAGAAGCGGAAGACCGGACAGGGCAGGGCUGCUGGCGGAGGUCAGGAAGAGGAACUCCAGGACGCCUGGCCCAGCCGAGUGGCUCCAGCAGAGCAGAAGUCGCUGUGGACUCCUGUAUGGAGGCUACCAGAGGCCAGCCAGCCAGCGUCUCAGCCGCGUGAGGGAGAGAGGAGCGUUCCUGCUUCAUCUGAGCAGGGCCCCGGCCCAGGUCUACCAGGUCGCACAUGGCGGACAGCAGACCGAAAUUCCCGGAGAAGGCGCUCGCAAGGUUGAGAUCAAGUUGUGGGCCGUGUCCAUCUAGACCGCGAUGCUGGGAGACUGCUCCGACAGCUGGAGGACUGAAGUCCCGCCUCCUUGCCAGCUGUUCCUCCGAGGCUGCUCUCAGCCCCUCCGGCAUCUGCAUUCCUUCUGUGUGGCCCCUCCAUCUUCAAAGACAGCUACAAAGAACCUGCCUGGUGUCAAAUCCCUGUCGUCCUUCAAGCCACCCGAGCCAUCUGUUAGCUUCCACUAUCAGAUGGGCCCGAGGGGCCCACUGUGAAUAACAAAGACAGUCCUGUCGCUUAGGAGAUUCCAGGAUUCAGUUAUCUCCCCGGAAUGGGCCAAAGGCCAGUCAAAUUCCCUUCCCUCCUUCCCUCCUUCCCUCCUUCCCUUCUCCCUCCUCCCUUCCUCCUUUCCUCCCUCGUUCCCUCCCUCCAUCUUUCCCUUCCUCUUCCUCCACAACCAUGGCUGUUGUCACAUCCAAAAAAACUAAAACGAUUCUUUAUUUUCAUCAAAUAGCCAAUAUGUUGUAAUUGUCCCAUUAUCUCAUUAAAAAAUAGUUGAUUUCAGCAAA